AUGAAGAGCCCUUCAUGGCAAAACCAGAAGAAGAAAGAAGUUUUUGAAAACUAUGGCGUGCCCGGCUUUUUGUCCAAAGACUCUUUCAACCAGUCCUACCAAAAGUACACAGAGCAUCUUUGUGAUCGGUUAAAUGAGUUUGUCGCAGGCACGGCCGAUGAAGGGGCCUCCGCAAUGGAUCUACACAAACGCUACGCCCACGUUUCUCAGAAAGCCGCCCUCUACAACCACGCCGCCAUGGCCUGCCAUACCCAAUUCUUCUUUGAAGGCCUCGCACAUGCUCCUUCCUCCGCUGUACCUCGCAAACCGGGAAUCAACACCAAGAAGAGUAUCCAAACCUACUUCGACUCAGUGGACCAACUGCGGACUGAAUUCCUCGAGACCGCCGAUUCAGUUUUUGGCAAUGGCUUUGUCUGGCUGAUGCUGCUCCGGGACGUCGGCAGUCUCGGCAUUCUCGCCACCUACAAUGCAGGUUCGCCCUGGCCGGGCGCCGCUCCUCGCCGUGACAACCGUGACAUGGCCAACAUCGACGCUCGACAGCUAGCUGAAGAGCUCCAGGACACACGCAAAAACGCGGGUAACUACAGCGGCGGCAUGUCGCCACAGUUUUCCGGGUCCUUUGGCGAGUUCAGUGCCAAUCGAGCCCGUUUCUACGAGGGUCACUUGGAUGCGGAACCACUUCUAUGUGUAAAUCUAUGGCAACACCAGUGGCUACCAGACUACGGUCAUUUCGGCCGGAAAGAAUACCUCACGGCGUGGUGGGACACGAUAGAUUGGGGUAUGGUUGAACAGCGGUACUCGCUCGGUGCUCCCGUCAAUAACUCGAGACUGCGACCGUCCCUGUACGAGCCCUUGAUGAACAGAGUCCAACAAGACCAGUCCAGCGCGUAG